AUGGAAGGACUUAAACCAAACACUAAAUUACAACCAAGACAAGGACCAGUUGUUGUUUGUAUUCUCGAUGGAUUUGGAAUUGAUAAAGAAGGACCAGGAAAUUGUGUUACAUUAGCUAAUCCAUCAUAUUAUAAUAAACUUCUUGCAGAAGCUAAAGAACAACAUCUUCACACAAUAAUUAAAGCUAAUGGACCAUAUGUAGGACUUCCAACAGAAGCUGAUAUGGGAAAUUCAGAAGUAGGACAUAAUGCACUUGGAGCAGGACAAAUUUAUUCACAAGGAACUAAAUUAGUUGAAGAAAGUAUUGAAUCAGGAAAGUUCUUUGAAACAGAGAAUUGGAAAAAUGUUGUUGGAGCAGCAGUUAAAGAAGGAAAAACUGUUCAUUUUAUUGGACUUUUAAGUGAUGGAAAUGUACAUUCAAAUACUACACAAUUAUUCCAAAUGAUGGAUGGAGUAGUUAAAUGUGGAGGAAAGAAAAUUAGAGUUCAUCCAUUAUUAGAUGGAAGAGAUGUAGCACCAGAUUCAGGAUUAAUGUAUAUUGAUAAAUUAGAAAAGAAAUUAGCUCAACUUCAAGCAGCUGGUAUUGAUGCAAAAAUAGCAUCUGGAGGAGGAAGAAUGCAUAUGACUAUGGAUAGAUAUGAAGCUGAUUGGAGUAUGGUUGAAAGAGGAUGGAAAGCACAUGUUAGAGGAAUUGUACCAGAAGGAGAUAUUACACCAGAAUAUACAGGAUAUUAUCAUUCAGCAAAAGAAGCAAUUGAAUUAGCAAGAAAAUUAUUCCCAGAAAAACUUGACCAAUUUAAUCCAGCAUUUGUUAUUGUUGAUGAAGAAGGAAAACCAAUUGGAAAAAUGGUUGAUGGAGAUGCAGUUAUUAAUUUUAAUUUCAGAGGAGAUAGAGCAAUUGAAAUUAGUAAAGCAUUUUAUCAAGGAGAAGAAUUUAAAGCAUUUGAUAGAGUUUAUACACCAAAACUUAGAUAUGCAGGACUUCUUGAAUAUGAUUCAGAUAAUCAUGUUCCACCACAAUAUUUAUGUGCACCACCAGAUAUUAAAGGAGUAUCAAGUGAGUAUUUAGUUAAGAGUGGAGUUAAAUGUUUUGCAAUUGCAGAAACACAUAAAUAUGGACAUGUAACAUAUUUCUGGAAUGGAAAUAAAUCAGGAUACUUUGAUGAUAAAUUAGAAAAAUAUGAACAAAUUAAAUCUCUUCCAAAUGAUCUUACUGAAAGUCAUCCAGAAAUGAAAGCUAAAGAAGUUUGUGAUAGAUUGAUUGAAGUUCUUGAAAGUAAAGAAUAUAAAUAUUUAAGAGUUAAUUUUGCUAAUCCAGAUAUGGUAGGGCAUACUGGAAAUAUUCAAUCUGGAAUUAAAGCUGUUUUAACUUGUGAUGAAUGUUUAAAAAGACUUGAUGAAGAAGUUAGAAAACAAAAAGGAAUUUUAUUAGUUACAGCUGAUCAUGGUAAUGUAGAAACUAUGCUUGAUAAACUUGGAAAACCUAUGACUUCACAUACAUGUAAUCCAGUUAAUUUGUUCAUUAGAGAUUAUGAUUAUAAAGGAGAAUAUAUUAUUGAUGAAUCAGUAGAACACCCAGGAUUAGCUAAUGUUACUGCUACUUAUAUUAAUCUUCUUGGAUUUGAACAACCAUCAUUCUAUAAACCAUCUCUUAUUAAGUUCAUUUAA